UGGUUUACCAUUUCUACACAAUUCAGGCACAUUUUCCUUGCCAACUGUUUCGUAAAGCUUAUGGAAUUUCAAAAAAAAUGCCUGAAAAAUUAAACUUUAAGAUACUACCUCGGGUAGAUAGCUGGCCACAGGCAUUCCAGAUAGCUCCUCCCACCUAUGAAGAUAUUGCAUUAUACUUUUUCUCGAGUGAAGUUGGGAGGCAAAAAGAGAAGUAUAUCCGUCUUUUGGAGCACAUUGAGUCGCGUGAUUUUGCAAUGAAAACUUGUGUAGAUGGUGUUGAAUUGCUUGUGUAUACAUCUAAACAACUGCCACAGGAUUCUCAAAGAAUAGAUGAAGAUCCUUUUUUAUGGGGUGUAUUCCGUCAUCUGAAACAUAAGAAACAGUGCCAGGAUAAGCAGCAACAAUCUCUUUCUUGCAUUUCCGCUGCUGUUAUGAACAGCACCAGUCUUGGUCAGUUUGAUGUGUCAUCUGAUGCCAGUUGUCAGGAAGUUGACAAGGUGAGUGAUAUGGUAGGAGGCAGCAAGGCUGGUAGGAUAGACAGACCAAUAUUGAGAAUCGAUGCUCCUCCUGGUUUCCCAAAACCAAUUUCAAGAGAUGCUCCUCCUGGUUUCUCAAAACCAAUUUCAAGAUAUGUAAGUCAUUUGAAACAUAAGAAACAGUGUCAGCAUAAGAAGGAGCAAUCUCUUUCUUGCAUUUCUGCUUCUGUUAUGAAGAGCACCAGUCUUGGCCAGUCUGAUGUAUCAUCUGAUGGCACUCGUCAGGAAGUUGACAUGGAGAUUGAUAUGGUAGGAGGCAUCGAGAUUGGUAGGAUAGACAGACCAAUAUUAAGAAUUGAUGCUCCUCCUUUCCCAAAACCAAUUUCAAGAGAUGUAAGUCAUCUAAAACAUAAGAAACAGUGUCAGGAUAUUCAGGAACAAGCUCUUUCUUGCAUUUCUGCUUCUGUUAUGAAGAGCACCAGUCUUGGCCAGUCCAAUGUAUCAUCUGAUGGCACAUGUCAGGAAGUUGACAUGGAGAUUGAUAUGGUAGCAGGCAUCGACGUUGGUAGGAUAGACAGACCAAUAUUAAGAAUUGAUGCUCCUCCUUUCUCAGAAACAAUUUCAAGAGAUGUAAGUCAUCUAAAACAUAAGAAACAGUGUCAAGAUAUUCAGGAACAAUCUCUUUCUUGCAUUUCUGCUUCUGUUAUGAAGAGCACCAGUAUUGGUCAGUUCAAUGUAUCAUCUGAUGACAAUUGUCAGGAAGUUGACAUGGAGAUUGAUAUGGUAGGAGGCAGAGAGAUUGGUAGGGUAGAUAUACCCAUUUUAAGAAUCGAUGGUCCUCUUAGUUGCUCGAAACCAAUUUCAAGAGAUGCUCCUGGUUUCUCAAAACCAAUUUCCAGUGAUGUAUGUCAUGACAGAAGAUCUUUGGCCAAGUUUCUUCCACAUGUUGCUCCUAGAUUUUCAAAGACGACAUUUAAACAUGGAUGCAGUUCACCUGAUCUGACACUUAAGAGUCAAAAUCUUUGCAUGAAGGACAAGAGAGGUUCUGUAUCUUUCUCUAGUGGAGAGGAUCACACAACAACAAAUUUGGAAGCAUGUGAAGGGCAGCCAAAGUGCCAACAGGUAUCUGGCCACAGGCACAAGUCUGUGGAGCACGGUUUUUCCAAUCACUCAGCAGGAAAGAAGAAAGAGUUUGACUCCAUUGACAGGUAUAGUUAUGCAAAAGAAAAGACACCACCCUGGACGGACACCAAUCCUUGUUCUGCUAGCAUUAGUCUUCCUUGUUUAUCUGCAAAAAAGAAAGUAGACAGCUCAUCUGAGAAACCUUUACAAAAGAGCUGCACAAUGUUUGGAGACGUCGUAUUGUCUUCCACCUCUUCGUCCAAUGAAAAGCAAGAAAGCCGAUUUUUUAAGAAGCCUGCCAAUUACGGUGACAGAUAUUCACAUAUGACAGAUACUGAAGCACAUUGUUUACACCGAAAUAUGGCACCAAACUCAUCCAAGGAGAAAGGACAUAGACCCUCUGGGAAACCAUCAGAUAAGAAUUUUGCACAAGAACACCGAUUUGGUAAAGGUGUAUCGCCAUCUGGAACUGGAAUCAAGGAAAGCAAGAUAACUAGUUGUAUGAUGGUUCCAAAGGCAACUGAGGGGAAUGAAAAGAUGGGGAAACAGAGCACCCCGGGUCGAAGGCAGGAAAUGAGGAUGAUAGCUCCUGGUAAGCAGAGCUCUAAAACAGUCAAAGAAAUGAUGGAAAGACAGAGCAACUCAAACCCAGAAAACAAGCAAAUCUCUCAAGUCUCAGCAAAUUACGGGAGCCCAUCAUCCAGCCUCAUACAGCCACUUCUCUCAGGAAGCAAAAGAAAGGCAGAUGGAUUGCCUGACAGCAAAACGAUGGUAUCUGAUAAGUGGCAUCUUAAGGAAGACAUCAAAAGAACAAAAAACAUGGAAAACCAGUGUGGGUUGGUCGAAGGGAAGAAGCAACAAUAUCCAGUUUCUCCAAGUUAUGGCACACCUGUCAGCAUCUCCGUACAGCCCCUACUCUCAACUGGCGGUGACUUGCUUUCUUUUCUUCCCCAGGACUCUGAGCCCAUGAAGACUCCCAAGACGAUAACCAGUACAGAGAGGCAAGCUGUCUCCAGAGAUCUUAGGUUAUCAAGACCUGAAUGCAUGAAGGAUGGGACUGCUUGAGUCUCAACAAUUUCGACAGAACACCUUGAGUAAGAUGGCUGUGUGGACCGUGGAGGAUUUGCAGUUGUCACUGAGACUCUGACAUUAGACUUGACACUAGGACAAUGGACCAUGAAGACAAGUGCAGGAUAGCAUGUGCCAUCAUUGCUUCAGGAAAAAUAUUUAUAUGUUGUUCUCUCUUCGUCUGGUAGAUUUAGAACUUCCUAUGCAACAGAAACUUUAGGCAUGGAUGGUUGUAUGUGUGCAUAUAUUCUCGUAAGGGACGAUGAUUAUUUGAUCUUUGAGACAUUGAAGCCUGUUU